ACGACGCGCUUUGUAAACACGCGGAGCGAGCGCGAGCACGAGCGCCAGUCAGCGACGGACUCAGCAGAACCCCGAGCCCCGUGACGCCCCCGUCGUAUUCCGGGAGGAUGGAUACGUGUCUGACUGAAAUGCAGCGGGCCGCCAUCCCGGUGCAGGUGACGGUGCUGCGAGGCCGCCACUUGAGAGGGACAAAGGGCACCAGCCUUCUUUCCUACGCCCGAGUGGAGUUCAACGGCACGGUGAUCGGAGACUCACCCAAAGUGGACAGCUCGCCGGACGCCGGUGCCGAGUACAACUUCACCUGCAGCUUCGACUGCACAGACACCAGCAACACCACAGACGACCUGGCACACAAGCCUGUGAUCUUGACCCUCAUUGAAAUUUUACCGAAGGAGAAGAAGCAGAAGGACGAGAAGAUGGUGACACUGGGCCAGGCCGUUGUGGACCUGCUGCCCCUUUUACAAGGUCAAGUCUCCUUUACAACUGUCGUUACCAUCCAUCCAGUGCCCGGGACUGCAGCAGAUGGCAUCAUAUCAGAGGGAGACAGCAAGCCCCAGCUCGAGGUGUCCGUGUCUGUCCCACAGGCCCUGGUCCCCGAGGCACUGCUGGCCAACUCCAACCUCCUUAAGGUGGCCCUUCAUAGUUUGUACUCGGCACCUGAUGCCUGGAGCCUGACGGGCACUCAGUUUCAUUAUGGUGCUAGCAUGCUGAUGCCCUGCUCGGCCGAGAGGGACCAGCUGCUCUUCUUUGCCGGUGGAGUGCUGAAGCCUGGAGGAGAGCCGGAGCCGGUACCACGCCUGAAGAAGUGGCCGACGGGAUCAGUUUUGAUGCCAGGGUCCCACUUCAUCUUGGAGUCUGACACGGAGGCUGAAGCAGCUGAAGAACUUGGAGACCUGACGUCCCCUGAGGACCGAGUGUUCCGUGCCGAGGCAGAAAGCACCAGGAAGAGGGUGAGCUGGGACACCGAGAGGCGCUGCUUUAUGGACUCGGGGGCUGUCGGCCGGCUGUUGAACCAAAUCGUGGAGUGCAGAUACUGGCCACUGGAAAUCAUGAGGAUGCCCACUCCGAAUGCAGCAAAGGCCGGAAAGGCUGGCAAAGACAAGGCGGAGGACGAGGGGCAGAUAUCCUUCCAUGGCAUGGUCUUUGUGGACAUGGCAGCCCUUCUGUACCCGGGGGUGAAGAGCAUCCGAGGGGCCUACAGGAUCUUCCCGUUUAAUGAGGCUGACUUAUACGCCAAGACCAAGCGGCGCAGCAGCAACCUGAAGGACCACCAGAAGCAGAACUGGCAGACUGGACGAGGACGAGAGCCAUCGGCCGCUGGCACGCCAACCCACAAGGCAAAGAACCUGAAGGAGGACAAGGGCAUCGUGAAGAGGGGCUCAAUACAAUCAGCGAGUCACAAGCCAGAUGGCCUGCAGGAGGCGGAUGGCAGUGUGCCCUUGAACCCGGAAGGACAGAUGUACAUGGAUGCAAAGAGCUACGUGGUGCUGGAGGUCACUCUGGACAAGGCACUUGUGCCCAAGAGGCCGGCGGAGGAGCUCGCCAGAAGAGUUAAAGAGCUCAUCCCAGCAAGGCCUCCCCUUCCACUGCGGACAGCUGGCGCACAAAAGGCUGUCGGCGACUAUCACCGGGAGAUUGUGCGGGUGGCGGAUUUGGUAAUGAAGGAGUACCAGGAGCUGUUUGGGUCGGCGGUGGCACGAGGGGACCUUGCUCUUGACCCCAGUGCCCAGGAGGAGCGCAAGAGGAAACUGCUGGGGGAGCUUAACUACUCCGGGAAGUACUUCACGUUCAAGGAGCAGCUGAAGCACUCCGUGGUGCGCGUCGUGCGGGAGAAGCUGCUGCAGACGUCCACCUUCUCCGACCAGGCCCAGCUGCAGGCCUUCCUCAGCCAGCUUUACACCUUCUUGGUGGACCAGAUGCACGUCUCACUCAACCAGACCCUUCAGGUGAACGUCCCGAACGGGGAGGCGCGCGCCCUGAAGGACUGCAGCCAGCUCAGACACUUUGCCAGAGAGGCGGAGAUCAACGCGGACUAUGACUUGGCAUCCAUGUACUACCAGGAGAGAAUUGCCUUGGACCGCAGUGACCCGUCACAUUGGUUCGACUAUGGCUCCUUCUGCCUCCUCAUCUCAGAUGUCACCAAGGCUGAAGAGUGCUUCCAACAUGCGCUGGCCAUUGACCAGAAACACGUGCCCAGCCUGUUGCUUUGUGGGGUCAUGGCAGAGAUGGCAGGGCGCUUUGAAGAUGCCCACACUUUCUUUGAGAAUGCCACUUGUGUGGAUGCCACCGGAACACUGGCCUGGACCAUAUUAGGGCUCUUUUACGAGGCUCAAGGCAACCCAAUUCAGGCAGAAAUGGCUUUCCUGGAGGCAAAUAAGCAGCUGAAGGGAAAGUCGGGAGAUGCAAGGGCACCAUCGGGCAGGGCAUUGCCAACCGAGCCGGAAGCCACUGAAGAAAACCCGAUCAUAGCAGAGACGCCAGUGCCCAAUGGGCUGGAGGUGCAAGCCGCGCCAGCAGACAUGCAGGACAAUGAGCCACACCAAAAGGUCGACGCCGUGCCCACGGAGGACACCCAGCUGUCGGAGGACAUGAAUGCGGUGGUGGCCGCAGGGGACCAGAACUGUGAGGGCCGUGGCACCACCAUCUUCAUGGAGGCUGCACACUUCCUGCUGCAGGUCAAUGCCCUGCAGUUUGCCCAGCGAGCCCUGGCACAGGAACUGCUCUUUCCAGACGGCGGACCGAGCUGCCUGUACCACGUGACCCUUGCCCGUCUGCAGCUCCACAUUCGAGAGUUUGCCAAAGCAAAGAACAGCCUGCAGGAGGCGCUGCGUGCCAGCCAUGAGAACCCUGAUGCAUGGGCCCUCAAUGGGCACCUGCAGUACCUGAAUGGCAGUUUCAGUGAUGCCAGGCAGUGCUACGAGCGAACGCUGGACUUGGUGGCAGACACCUCGGAGCUUCACGCCGUUUCUCUUCAUCUCGGCUCAAUCUACCUGAUGGAGAAGCAGUACCACCAGGCCAAGCAGACGUACCUGAGGGCCUGCAAGAGGUCGCCCACCUGCCUCACCUGGCUCGGCCUUGGCAUUUCCUGCUACCGGCUCCAGGAGUUGAGCGAGGCAGAGGAUGCCCUCUCCGAGGCCAACAUCCUCAACAACAGGAACCCGGAGGUGUGGGGCUACCUGAGCCUCGUGUGCCUGCAGACUAACAGGAGGAUGGAAGCGGAGCAGGCCUUCAAGUUUGCCAUCAAGUUAAAUCUUCAGAAUGAAGACCUUCUUCGGGAAAUCCGCCAGUUGCAGCGCCAGGUGGGCUUCGGUAACCCAGCAUUUGAGUGAGGACCCAGAGAGGACAAGCAGGCAGGCUGGCGGGCCGAGGCACUGACCGCUCUGUGCAUGUAAACUGCGGACAAGCAGACCACCGUUAGAAGACCGCUGGCCACCACCAAGACGUCCAGGUGAUCUCGUCGCACCAAAAUCCCCAACUCGAGCUUCCUGGUGGCCGCAGAUUGGACUUUGACAGUCAGAGAAGCCCCCAAAGAAUGGCGUUACUGUGGAGCUGCAAGUGGCCCAGUGGUGGUCUGGUCAUGGCAGCACCUUGCGCUCUCCUAAAUAAAGCGCCUUUCCACUGG